AUGGGAAAACGAGCCAUCGCAGAUUUAAUUGCGGACGAAGAUGCAGUAAUAAACUCAGAUUCUCUUUCACGAAAGAAAAGUCGUAAGGAUAAGAGCGAUAAGAUCCGGAAACCUAGGAACGAAUCGACCGCCAACAGCACCGCGAGGGAGGAUGGGAACCAAGACAGUGCAGUGGCAGUGAAUGGAAAUAGUGAAGAAAGGGAAGCAGAUGAUGAGAAACUUGCGAGGGCUGAACGAAAGGCCGCGAAAAUGGCAAGAAAGGAAGCAAAAGAGGCAAGCAGGGUGCCGAAAUCGCCAAUCGACGGUUCAAAUGCAGCCGUUACAACCGCAAGUAGAGGAAGAGGAGACGAGGAAUUAGCUAAAGCUACAAGGAAAGCUGCGCGCAAGGCCGAGAAGAAACGAUUAAAGAAAUUAGCCAAAGCCGAAGCUGCUGACAUGGGUUCUACACCAGCUUCGUCCGAGGUCACAUCAAAUUCGACAUCUGCAAUUGCCUCUAGGAAUGAAUCUUCUGCAACUAGUCCCGAGCCGAUUGCAGAGCUAGCGUCAAAAUACUCCGAACACCCCGAAUUGACUGGGCUGCCGCAGUCAGAGAUUGACUCCUAUCUGGCUUCUAACUUCAUUAACAUUGAGGAUCCGUUUGACUUCCAUCGACGGCCCCGUCCUAUCAUCAAGUUCACCUAUCUACCCACGAGCGAAGCCCAACGAGCGGCUUUUGCCUCUUUCGCUGUACCUACUCCUAUACAAGCCGCAGCAUGGCCAUCACUCCUGUCGGGAAGGGAUAUGAUUGGAGUAGCAGAAACAGGGUCUGGGAAGACACUUGCUUUUGGCGUACCUUGCGUCAGUUUCAUCUCGAGUCUUCCGAAGAAACAGCAAAAGGGUGUCAAAGCUGUUAUGGUUUCCCCAACAAGAGAGUUGGCGUCGCAGAUAUAUGACCAAUUAGUCAAGCUGGCCACGCCAGCAGGUCUCGAAGUCGUCUGCGUCUAUGGAGGCGUUGCAAAGGAACCGCAGGUGAAGGCAAUUCGAACUGCACACAUUGUGGUUGCUACACCUGGUCGACUGAACGAUCUGAUUAGCGAUGGUUCGGCUGACCUCAGCAAAGCAGAAUAUGUGGUCCUUGACGAGGCUGAUAGAAUGCUCGACAAAGGGUUCGAAGAAGCCAUCCGGCAGAUUAUUCAAUGCACCCCACAGAAUCGACAAACGUUGAUGUUCACGGCAACCUGGCCUCCCUCAGUCCGUGAUCUGGCAUCUACGUUUAUGAAGUCACCAGUUAAGAUCAACAUCGGUAACAACCCCACUGGAGAGCUACGAGCCAACACACGCAUCAAGCAGCUCGUCGAGGUUGUUGAGCCUCGAAAUAAAGAGUUCAGGUUACUCCAACUGCUGAAGAAGUAUCAGUCUGGCCAAAACAAAGACGACCGAAUUCUCGUUUUUUGCUUAUACAAGAAAGAAGCCACGAGGAUCGAGAACUUCAUCCACCAUAAAGGCUUCAGAGUGGCUGGUAUUCAUGGCGAUCUCAGCCAAGACAAAAGAACUGCGUCUCUUGACCUAUUCAAGAAGGGUGAGGUUCCUAUUCUGGUUGCAACAGAUGUUGCGGCGAGAGGCCUGGAUAUCCCAGCGGUCAAGUUGGUUAUCAAUGUUACGUUCCCCUUGACUGCAGAAGAUUAUGUCCACCGCAUUGGACGAACAGGACGAGCGGGUAAGGAAGGCCUGGCUGUCACAAUGUUCACGGAACAUGAUAAAGCGCUUUCCGGAGCAUUGAUCAACGUUCUGAAAGCCGCAAAUCAAGAAGUCCCAGAGGAAUUAAUGAAGUUUGGUACAACGGUGAAAAAGAAGGGUCAUGAUGCAUACGGCGCACAUUACAAGGAAAUCGACCCCAGCAAGAAAGCGUCCAAGAUUACUUUUGAUUAGAGUGUGUAUGAUGUAUGUGUUGAUGGUAGGGUUCGGCUUCCAGACCGAGUCGGCGACCUGGAUGUGGAUGCAUAGCUCUUUUAGGCAGCACAGGCGUUUUUGGCGGUAUGGCAAAAGUUGUGGGCAUGCAUGUAUGGAUUCUUUUUGAUGAUUGAUGGGGUUUCAUAGGUCAUUACUUGGAAAUAUCCGAAAUGGGGCGGGUCAAGCCUUGUCUAAG